CGAACACCACCACGUCUUCCCCCCUCUGUUUUGUUUGUUCCCUGUCUGAAUACUACAUUGCCGCUGCACCUUAAUUUUUCUCAGGGUUCGGAGUCACAGAAAGAAGAAAAAGGCCACUACGUCACUACAACGACAAGGAACGGAAACGAAUGUCCCAGUGGAGGAGGACCUCGGGAAGGAUUGUGGGAACGACUUGCCGGAGCCAUGGGGCUGCCAUAAGUGCAUGGAUCUGAUAGGCCUUUUUUUUUUUUUUUUUUUUUUAAGGGUGUGUGGCUUGCGGGCGAACAACCCCGAGGGGGGAGCUCUCAAUGGUACAUUACUGCGUUGACGCGCAGGAAGUUCAGUACAGCCCUCGAUUCUCAACUUCAUUCUUUGCGGUGACUGCAUGCGAGAUAUCAUCUGGGGUCACAAAACUUUCCUCCACAGAACUUUUCUUAGAGACCCACCAAAACCCUCCUGGCCAUAUCGUGCCGGAAAAAUGUAUCCCAGACGGCCAAUCCAAGAACGAGCCGUCAAGGCCUUGUCCAGGCAGUAGGUCAUCUGGUCUUCAGUUAGUCAUUAGUUCUUACGACACCUUUAUUCCUCCUUGUACUUUCUACCCUGUCGAGAAUAACGUGGUAAUACACCCAAGGGCCGCCCGGCCUCAAUCAACCCGGGUCUAUGCUAAAGUACAGUACAUACUACUGAGAAAGU